AGCCUGUGGCAAGGGGGUGGGUUCGAGAGGCGGGCCGAAGCCGAGGGCGGCGCGGGAGGCCCUGGUGCCAGAGCUCUCUCUGGGAACCGGAAGCCUGGACCACAGCUACUGGAGGGAGCGGGGGCUGAGACUCUAACCAGGCUCAGACCCCAAAUGGCGCAGUGGGAGAUGCUGCAGAAUCUUGACAGCCCAUUUCAGGAUCAGCUGCACCAGCUCUAUUCAAAUAGCCUCCUGCCGGUGGACAUUCGACAGAACUUGUCUGUCUGGAUUGAAGAUCAGAACUGGCAGGAAGCUGCACUGGGCAAUGAUGAGGCCAAGGCUAAUAUGCUGUUCUUCCACUUCUUGGACCAACUGAACUAUGAGUGUAGCCGCUGCAGCCAGGACCCUGAGUGUUUGUUGCUACAGCACAACUUGCGAAAAUUCUAUCGGGACAUUCAGGCCUUUCCCCAGGGUGCUACCCAAUUGGCUGAGAUGAUCUUUAAUCUCCUUCUGGAAGAAAAAAGAAUUCUGACCCAGGCUCAGAGGGCUCAAUUGGAGCAAGGAGAAGAACCAGCCCUUGCAGCACCUGGGGAGAGCCAGCAGCAUGAGAUUGAAUCCCGGAUCCUGGAAUUAAAGGCUAUGAUGGAGAAGCUGGUGAAAUCCAUCAGCCAACUGAAAGACCAGCAGGAUGUCUUCUACUUCCGAUAUAAGAUCCAGACCUCAGCAAGGACACCCUCUUUGGACCCCCAUCAGACCAGACAGCAGGACAUUCUGCAGGAAACGCUCAAUGAACUGGACAGAAGGAGAAAGGAGGUGCUAGAUGCCUCCAAAGCACUGCUAGGCCGAUUAACUACCCUAAUUGAGCUACUGCUGCCCAAGUUGGAGGAGUGGAAAGUUCAGCAGCAGAAAGCCUGCAUUGGAGGUCCCCCGGAUGGAGGGUUGGAGCAGUUGGAGAAGUGGUUCACAGCUGGAGCAAAGCUGUUGUUUCAUCUGCGGCAGCUGCUGAAGGAGCUGAAGGGAUUGAGUCACAUGGUCACCUAUCAGGGGGACCCUCUGAUCGAAGGGGUGGAUCUGCGGAAGGCCCAGGUCACAGAGCUGCUACUUCGCCUGCUCCACAGAGCCUUUGUAGUAGAAACCCAGCCCUGCAUGCCCCAAACUCCCCAUCGACCCCUCAUCCUCAAGACUGGGAGCAAGUUCACCGUCCGAACAAGGCUGCUGGUGAGACUCCAGGAAGGCAAUGAGUCACUGACUGCAGAAGUCUCCAUUGACAGAAAUCCUCCUGAAUCACAAGGCUUCCGGAAGUUCAACAUUCUGACCUCAAACCAGAAAACUUUGACUCCUGAGAAAGGGCAGAGUCAGGGCUUAAUUUGGGACUUCGGCUACCUGACACUGAUGGAGCAGCGUUCAGGUAGUUCAGGAAAGGGCAGCAAUAAGGGGCUGCUAGCCGUGACAGAGGAACUGCACAUUAUCAGCUUCACAGUCAGAUACACCUACCAGGGUCUGAAGCAGGAACUGAAAACAGACACCCUUCCUGUGGUGAUUAUUUCUAACAUGAACCAACUCUCAGUCGCCUGGGCCUCGGUUCUCUGGUUCAAUCUGCUCAGCUCAGACCCCCAGAAUCAGCAGUUCUUCUCCAGCCCCGCCAAGGCCCCCUGGGACUUGCUGGGCCCUGCUCUCAGUUGGCAGUUCUCCUCCUACGUUGGCCGAGGCCUCAACUCAGACCAGCUUGGCAUGCUGCGGGACAAGCUGUUUGGGCAGAACUCCAAGACUGAGGGUGACUUGUUGUCCUGGGUCAAUUUCAUUAAGCGAGAGAGCCCCCCUGGCAAGCUACCAUUCUGGACAUGGCUAGACAAAAUUCUGGACCUGGUACAUGACCACCUGAAGGAUCUCUGGAACGAUGGACACAUCAUGGGCUUUGUAAGCCGGAGCCAGGAGCGCCGGCUGCUGAAGAAGACCAUCUCUGGCACCUUUCUGCUGCGCUUCAGUGAAACAUUGGAAGGGGGCAUUACCUGCUCCUGGGUGGAACACCAAGAUGAUGAUAAGGUGCUCAUCUACUCUGUGCAGCCCUUCACCAAGGAGGUGCUGCAGUCACUCCCGCUGGCCAAAAUCAUCAGCCAGUACCAGCUGCUCACUGAGGAGAACAUACCUGAGAACCCACUGUGCUUCCUCUACCCACGAAUCCCCCGGGAUGAGGCUUUUGGGCGCUACUCCCAGGAGAAAGUUAAUCUCCAGGAACGGAAGAAAUACCUGAAACAUAAGCUCAUUGUGGUCUCUAACAGACAGGUGGAUGAGCUGCAACAACUGCCGGAGCUUAAGCUGGAGCCAGAACUGGAGUCAUUCGAGCUGGAUCUGGGGCUGACACCAGGGCCAGAGCCAGGGCCGGGCCUGGACUUAGAGCCACUGCUGGAGGCAGGGCUGGAUUUGGGGCCAGCACUGGAGCCCACUCUGGAGCCCGUGCUGGAGCCCACUCUGGAGCCCGUGCUGGAGUCCACUCUGGAGCCUGUGCUGGAGUCCACUCUGGAGCCCACACUGGAGUCCACUCUGGAGCCCGUGCUGGAGCCCACACUAGGCGAGGUGUCACAGAGAGUCCCAGUGCCAGACCUGGGACCAGGACUGAAGCUGGAGCCUAUUCCAGAGCCUAUUUCACAGCCACUGCCAGAGCCGGAUUUGCCCCAUGAUCUGAGGCACUUGAACACUGAGGACAUGGAAAUCUUCAGAAACAGCAUGAAGAUUGAAGAAAUCAUGCCAAAUGGUGACCCACUGUUGGCUGGCCAGAACACCGUGGAUGAAGCUUACGUCUUCCCUCGCAGCCAUUUCUACACAGAUGGGCCCUUGAUUCCUUCUGACUACUAGAAACUACAUUUUCUCUGUUCUUUCCAUAUAUUUUGCCCCUCCUACCUCUCACAUCAUGAUGUUGCUCUCCAAGGAUGGGAAAUCAGGCAUGUGCUCCUUCUAAACUGGGUUAACCGUGGGAUUUGGAGUGAGAGGUAGAAGCAUAAUACGGGUAAGGAACAGUCACCAAUGAAUCAGAACAGAUGUUACCCAUAGCUCCAGCUAGGAGCCUGGAGGCUGCCUGCUGUGCUGGGAGGUAUAGGAAUUUGAGAGCAGGCCAGAACAGUUAGGAGGUACUUGGAGGGCUCAGGGCAGUGGCUUCUUUCCAAUAUGGAAGGCUUUCAACAUUUUAGUAGCUGAUAAGACUAACCUAGUGCCUACUUCAUCUUCCUGGAGUGCCCUUUCUGCUCAAAACAGCUCUGACUUCUGAUCCUGCAGUGAUUCAGAACUCCUGUCUUUGGCCAAAUACACUCUUGGCCAGGAAAGCAGGGAAGGAAGCCCUGGGUCAGGGAGCAAGAGAGGGCCACACUUAGGACCCCCACUUCCUAAUCACAGUCCCUUGUAAUCUCAUUCAGCUUGCUUAGCCAUGUAGGGAUUAAGGCCAAAAAGAUCACGGUUACUCUAUAUACCAAGGGGUCAUGAGGAAAGAUCCCUCUCCACCAUAGCCCUGCAGAGUAGAAGGAUGCAUUUUGUAGUCCUUUGGCCCUGUUUUUCCGUUCUGUUUCUUUUUACUAACAAGCCUAGAAAUUAGACUUAGAUAUCCACAUAAAUAAGUCUUUAUUGAAAAAAGUGCAUAAUUCAGUAUAAAUAUAAUAAAUAAUCCUCCUCCCCAAACUGCUGCCAUGACGAUAAAUAAUCCCAAAAUUUCCCUUCCCAUGUAAUAAAUAUUCAACCUGUUCUAGGUCA